AUGAAUAAUUUCUUUGCUCCUCAAAAUCCCUCACUUUUUCCUGCUGAUUUCGGCAACUCCCCAGCAUUUCAGUUCAGCAGAUUCGUACCAAACUUACAAAAUUGUCAUACAUGUGAUCCAGCGCAAGAGUUCACACCAAACUCCUCGUACAUCAGCAGUAACUCUACCUCUGAUGAAGCUGAUGAUAAUCAGAUCAGUAUAAUUGACGAGAGAAAGCAGCGGAGAAUGAUAUCUAAUAGAGAAUCUGCUCGAAGAUCAAGGAUGAGGAAGCAAAGGCAAGUUGAUGAGUUAUGGUCCCAAGUUCUGCAUCUUAGAACCGAGAAUCAGAAUCUCGUAGAGAAGUUGAAUAGUGCGGCGGAGAGUCACGAUAGGGUUGUUGAAGAAAAUGCACGGCUCAAGGAAGACGCUUCUGAUCUUCGCCAAAUGAUGAUUGAUCUUCAAAUUGGAGAUUCUUAUACUGUCUUUAGUGAUUUUCUUGAAGAACUACCUUGCAACACAGCUCAUCUCAUGGCUGAAUCUUCUAACCUGUCCAUUACUACUGCCACAAAUCUUCUUCACUAA